ACCGUGUCUAUUGUCGCCCAGCUUCUUAUUGCUAGUGUCGCGCACGCCCCGCGCGUCAUAUCAGUGAUGGCUCUGACUUUGAGGUGGUGCGUAUCACCCCCCUACCCCUACCCUUGUCGCUAAGUAGUGUCGCCCGUGCCCUGUCUACUAUCGCCCAGCUUCUUCUACUAUAGCCCAGCUUCUUGUAGCUGGUGUCGCCCACUCACCGUGUCACAAAGGUGAUCGCUCUGGCUUUGAGGUGGUGCGUGCGACAAGUAAUCCCCCCGCUACACUUGCCGCCACCCCUUGUCAACUGUCGCCCAUCUUCUUGCUCCUAGGGUUUGCGUUGACUGCCUCUGCAAGCUAUUAAUCAUGGAGGAGGAUUUUUCGCAGCUGACAAUGGCAUCGCCUGCGAUGCCGGCGCUGCCUGUUGCGGCUCCGGUCCCCAGUGGCAUUGUGAAUGUGUGGGAGAUGACAGACAAAGAGGCAUACCUUGAGCAGGUUCUCAAAUUCAACGAGUCUCUUUCUAAGGAGAACAGGCUGCUCGAGGCCUACCUAAUGCGAGUGAGUCCAUCAACUCUCCUUGCUGAGGACGAGGAACCAAAAACCAGGAAACGUAUGCUGAGAAAACUUAGGGGGGCAGGCGAUGAUGUGAAGAGGGUGGAGAGGAGAAUGACCACCGAUGAGAAGUUUGACAUUGCUUGUGCGGAGCUUGAUGUGCUGCGUGAUGAGACAGAGAAGGUCAAGGCUGAUUGUGAUAUGUUUCUUGAUAAUCUGAGCUCUGCUAUGGAGGAUGCAGAUGUCAGGAUGGCGGAAACCAAAAAAGAAACAUACGAAUUUAAACGAGACGUCAUAAUUGGCGCCGAGAACUAUCGGACAGGCAAGAUCAAGGCCGAAAAGGUCAUAAGGUAUUUGGAGGAUAAAUUGCGAGGAAAGGAUGCAUUGGUAGAAAAACUCAAACUGAAGAAUAUAACCCUAAAAUCUCAGACGCAAAGAUAUGAGCAACAGCUGCGGCAAAAGGAGGAAAUGGGAGAGGUCCUUCAUGUUGUAGAUUUUGAGCAGCUGAAAAUACAGAAUCAGCAGCACUUGCAGAAGAUUGAGGAGCGAAACAACGAACUUCUUCGGCUAAAGAUAACUACCGGGAAGACUGUGCAGGUUCUGAAUAAUCUGAAGAGGAAACUGAAUGCUCUUGCAUAUCAAAAUCAGUACCUUAAGAGGGCGAUUGUGGAGAGGACGUUUCAGAUAAAGCAGCAUCAUGAGAAUAUCAGACAGGCUACGAAAGAGCAGAUUGCAGCGGAGCGGCAGAACAGGCUUCUUCUGCAGGAGCAGGAGGAUAUCGAACUGCCGAGUGUGAUCGAUUACAUAAGAUUGAAGUCGCAAAUGAUGGAUGUUGAAAAGAAGUCAACAGAUUGGGAGCGUAAGGUGGAGCUUGCAGAGCUGGAGUCAAAGAAGCAGAGAAAACUCUCUGGAGCAACAACAGCUCUAUAUCUUCCCAGCACCAAACUCUCUCCUACGAGGACAGUAUUAGCCCGGAGCAGAGCAUGGCUGUUUUUUCCCAGCAGACUAUCCAGUUCUUCUCCUCCCUUGCCUAUCGCCAGAGCUCGCGAGAGAAUCGGCGUGCAAAACGUUAAUAUAAUAUUGAGGCCAGGCAGUGCCACCUGCCAGGUUGUGGGGGAAAAAGGCGAAGGUCCCAUGGACCCAAACUUCCGACGUCUUAGCUAUGUGCGGUAGGCAGAAGACUUUGUGAUAGGCAUUAGCGGCCCUAAGACUGACGCAAUUGAGAUAUGUGAUCUUAUAUCGACCUUUCUAAGUACGCUCUGAUUAGAGCUAAACAAAGAAAAGAUAGAGAUACCUCCUCAUGUUACAUUGCCGGUAGAGCAGCACUUCUCCAUAUGUUGAACAACUCACUCAUCAGCGGUUGCUGGACUCAACAAAGAAAAAGGACUCUACCAGUUUACCAAGAGUGCAGAGGGAUCAUGUGAGACUACUGAAGAACAGUAAGAAAUAGGACUGUGAGUGCUGCUGUCAGGACCAGUGUAAUCACAUCGCAAAUGGAAAACUGCAAAACCACGGUGAGAAGGACAUGGAAAGUCUCCUCAUACGACUGCUUUAAGGAUCACCACUGGGAGGACUGUAAGGAUGUGAAAAGCCCACCAUAAUUAGAAAGUAAUCGUUAACCAUUCAUUCGUUAACUAUAGGUCAGUGUAGGAUAAAGGAACACCACAGGG